UUGCGUGCCGUUCCCUCCAUUUUUCUCUAUUUGUUAAUAAACAAAAACAAGUAAACUAAUUGCAUUUUUAUUUUUCUUCUUCCCAUCACUCUUGUUCACUUCUUCUACUUCCAUUUCUCUUUCACCUUCGCAUCUCCACCAUGGCAAUCCACUCUUCUUCCAAUCAAGAUGAUUCUAGCAAAAGGGCGAUGCCGUCCUAUUUCAAUUUACCGCCACUGGAUGUUUCUAAUGCAUUUCCACAAGCAACACCAGCAUCUGUAUUUCCUCCUUGUGCUUCAGAUUAUUUUCAAUUCGAUGACUUAUUGACACCAGAGGAGCAGGCAGUUAGGAAGAAAGUAAGAGAAUGUAUGGAAAAAGAAAUUGCACCAGUAAUGACUGAGUACUGGGAAAAGGCCAAGUUCCCAUUUCAGUGUAUACCAAAACUUGCUGCAUUGCGUCUCGCUGGUGGAACAAUCAAGGGCUAUGGUUGUCCUGGCCUUUCUAUUCUUGGUAGUGCUGUAGGUACUGCUGAAGUUGCAAGAGUUGAUGCAAGCUGUUCAACUUUUAUUUUGGUUCAUUCAUCCUUAGCAAUGCUUACUAUUGCAUUGUGUGGAUCAGAAGCCCAGAAGCAAAAGUAUCUACCUUCUUUGGCACAGUUUCAAACUAUAGGAUGCUGGGGUUUGACUGAGCCUGACUAUGGAAGUGAUGCCAGUGCUUUGAAGACUACAGCAACAAAGGUUGAAGGAGGUUGGAUCCUAGAUGGCCAAAAGCGGUGGAUAGGAAACAGUACAUUUGCUGAUAUAUUGGUUAUCUUUGCUAGGAAUACCUCUACAAAUCAGAUAAAUGGAUAUAUUGUAAAAAAGGAUGCACCUGGUUUAACCGUCACCAAAAUAGAAAAUAAAAUUGGACUCAGGAUUGUUCAAAAUGGAGACAUUGUUAUGAAGAAAGUUUUUAUCCCCGAUGAGGACAGAUUAACAGGGGUCAACUCUUUUCAAGACACAAACAAGGUACUUGCUGUCUCACGUGUAAUGGUUGCUUGGCAACCUAUUGGCAUAUCCAUGGGAAUCUAUGAUAUAUGUCAUAGGUAUCUAAAGGAGAGGAAACAGUUUGGAGCACCAUUAGCAGCUUUCCAGAUCAACCAACAGAAACUUGUUCAGAUGCUUAGCAAUGUUCAAGCCAUGUUUCUCGUUGGUUGGCGCCUUUGCAAAUUGUACGAGAGUGGUAAAAUGACUCCUGGACAUGCAAGCUUGGCCAAGUCAUGGAUCACCUUGAGAGCAAGAGAAACAGCCGCUCUGGGACGAGAAUUACUUGGUGGCAAUGGAAUAUUGGCUGAUUUUCUUGUCGCCAAGGCAUUCUGCGAUAUAGAACCUAUUUAUACGUAUGAAGGUACAUAUGACAUCAACACUUUGGUUACUGGCAGGGAAGUUACUGGUUUUGCUAGCUUUAAGCCUGUUAUUGCCCAAAAGAGAAGCCGAUUGUGAAAAUUAUAAAAGUUAUUCCUUGUUAAACUUUGUCAAUGGGUUUGUUCAAUGCUUUGUAUUUGACAAAACAAGGUUUCAAUAAUUAUGAAAAAUGUUCGUAUAA